UGUCAUACUGGGAAAGUAAAACUGUAAAAACGCACUAGGAGUGGUUGGAGCAUUUGAGAAUAUUAUUAGCAGUUAAAAAUUUACACAGAUGAUGAGUUAGUCUUGCGGUUUUGUCGGAUGCACAUCUAUCCUUAAACUGCUUGCAGAAUAGCAGAAACGUGAAAAGUGUUUAGAUAAGACGGAAAACUGAAACACUAUACGCACUUCCGAAAUAUGUGUUUUAAAAUAUCAGUAAGUUUCAGUGAUUUUAUUAUUGCAGAGCAAACAAAAAGAGUAGGCGGAAUUCAAAUAUCUGGAUCAAUAAGACUGUUGCGUAAAUCUAAUUCUGUAGUCGAAGGUUAUAUAGAGACGUUUUGCACUGUUCUGAUGUAUACCGUCAUUUUGCAGAUUCUCGGCAAUUUUCUGUAUUAAAUGGAGAUUUUUAAUGUUGAAUAAGGUGGUACCUCUUGCUCCUGUUCCAUGAAGCGCUGACAGCUUUCUCAAGGGUGGUUCAUCUUUAACAUCCGAUCCGUUCUACAAAACUUAUUUCAUGUACAAGAUAGUGGACGGCACUGUCAUUAAUUUUUAAGAAGCAACAGAGAUUUGCAUAUUUAAUUAACCAUGGCUGGAGAGAACGAAAGUGAAUCGGUUCUGCUCCUGGAGUUGGCGAGGGAAAUUUCCGACACAGACGAUCAAGACAAAUUCUGCUUCCAAGCCUUACGUCACGUGGUAUCCAUCGUCAACGCGGAAAAAUGCAGCCUCUUCUGGAUGCGAGACUCGGCCAAGGGCGACAGCAAAGAGCUUGCAUCAAGAUUAUGGAACAUUACCCCAAAGUCAACGUUUGACGACGUGGUCUGUGAUUCGAAAAACGAACUUGUAGUGCCAGUUGGAGUAGGGAUUGCGGGCUUGGUCGCCGAAACAAAAGAAGCAGUUAUCGUUUCAAAUGUUUACGAGCACCCGAAUUUUAACAAAACCAUUGACGAGAAAACUGGAUUUGAAUCGCGAGACUUACUUUGUCAACCCCUGGUCCUGAAGCGUGAGGACAAAGUCGUUGGUGUGGUUGAGGUGGUGAACAAAAAGAAUAAAGAGCCUUUUACCACAGAAGACGCACAGGUCUUGGAACAUUUUUUAGUUCUUUGUAAUCUUGCAAUUCAGAACUGCCGAGGGGCUGCACAGAUAACCAGACUCCAACAAGCAGCAACACUGCAAGAAGAUUUAUCCAGUAAGAUUUCAAAACUUUGGCCAAGCCGUUCCUACGAUGACGUCAUGAAGGAGGUUGUGAUGCAAAUAUCAGACCUGAUUCAAUGCGAGAGAUAUACACUUGCCAUUGCACUUAUCGACAAUUGCAACAUUGAAGGCUGCUUGCAGUUUGCCAAGUCGUAUGAUUUGCUUCUGCAGAAGCCAAAAGCGUCAAUGUUUGACGACGAAGAUCAACCGAUCGUGAAAACGGUUGAAGUAAACAAAUUAAAGAAGAAUGAUUGGGUCUUCAGUCACAAGGUUAUCCAAAAAGCCGUCGAAACUAAACAAAUGGUAAACGUGGCGAAAAUCACCCCAUUCUCCGAGUUCAAGCUAGAGGACGCAAAGAAAGAGUUCAGUUUGAAGUCGGCGCUGUGUGUGGCGUUUUACGACGGCACCGAUCGAUUGUUGGGUGUGCUUCAUCUUGGCAACAAGAAGAAAAAGGGGUUUGAUGAAAAUGACGAAGCGGUAAUACAGUCUGUUCGGCCAUACAUAAUGAAUGGACUUUUGUUCGCAAACGGAUUCAACUCCAUCGUGAUCAACAAAGCAAAGACGGAUGUUGCGGAGGACACUGUGAGAUUUCACAUCCGACCAUGGCAAGAUGAAGUGGAUCGCGUCGUUAACGAGCCAAUCCCCGAAGGCGAGAAAUACAACUUGUACCAAUUCACUUUCUCUGAUCUUCUCAUGAGUGAUGACGAAACAGUGAUGGGGGCAAUGCGUAUGUUCCUGGAUCUCGACGCCUUCAACCUAUUUCACAUAAGACAAGAGACUAUGUUGCGGUGGCUGAUUACCACCAGACGUUGUUACAGACCGGUUUAUUAUCAUAACUGGAGACACGGUCUGAAUGUUGCCCACACAAUGUUUCUACUGUUGGACCGCAUGGGAAAAGAUACAAAUACGCCGGGUAUCGACAAAGCUUUUAACGAUCGAGAAAAGUUCGCGUUGGUGGUCGCAUGUUUCUGUCACGAUAUUGAUCACAGGGGAACUAACAACGCAUUUCUUAUCAGGGCUGGAGCACCUCUUGCCAUUUUGUACAACACGUCCACCCUGGAGAAUCAUCACUACGACACAUGUCUCAGAAUAAGCAGCAUAGACGGAAACAACAUUUUCGAAUCGUUUACCAAAGAGCAAUUCGAAUCGGCAUGCGAACUGAUGAAACAUGCGAUUCUGGCAACGGAUCUUGCGCUAUAUUUCCAGCGGCGAAACACAUUCAAAAAAUUAUUGGAGAAGCCAUUUGAGGAACGAGAUUUCGUUCAAAACAACGAUAACCGUAUGCUUCUAAUGUCUAUGAUGAUGACAGCAUGCGAUCUGUCAUCUAUUACGAAACCAUGGGAAGUCCAACAAAAGAUGGCUAAGUUGGUCACGAGUGAGUUCUACGAUCAAGGUGACCAAGAACGCGCUUUGUUUGGAACCGAACCUAUGCCUAUGAUGGACCGAAGAAAGAUUGACGACUUGCCCAAAAUGCAGAUUGGUUUUAUCGAUGGAGUCUGCUCAAUGGCGUAUGAGAUGAUGGCCGACUUCUGCCCCGGCUACGCACCACUUAGAGACGGAAUGCGAGCAAAUCGACAGAGUUGGAAAGACCUGGCCAUCGCCCAAGGUCACGAGGUUGAUGUGCCCAAGAACCAACAGAAGAAACAAGACGACGAGUAUGGAAAUCUCUGGGAGAAAUACUGGAGCAUGGACCCGGAGAAUUUUAUUUGGGGCAUCGAUCCGAACGAAGUGCCACCGGAGGUUGUUAUAGAGCGAGUGGUGUUUUCUCCCAAAAAGAAAGCUCCAAAAGGAACCCCAAAUGCGAGUGAAAUGAGUGAAACCAAAUCCAGUAAAAAACGACGAAGAAAUAAAGUUGCUUCUGAAGAUACGGGGAACCAAAAUGCAGAAACUGAAGGGAAGAGUAAAAUGUGUCUUGUAAUGUAAUAGGGGAACAUAAAUAUUGGGAGCAAAAUUUCUUACGUGCGGUUUUAUAGUAACUGUAUGUGGCUUCAUGAAUUUAAAAACUCUGAUUUGGCUCAGUCUUAUACAUCCAAUAGGAGAAUGUGUUAAACUCUGCUGUCGACCACUGACGAGAUGCGAACAUAGUUUGAAGGAAAACUGUGACUUCUUCAAAACACAGAAAAUCACUGUGCUCAGAAAUAGGAGACAAUUAUUUUCUUAUAACGAGAUAGCGCGUUAAACAUAGUUCAACAAAACUACAACCGCUGUUCCAGUGUUUGCAUAUACCUGUCAUUUGAAGUGGCGUGAGACUCUGACAUCGUCUGUACCCCAACAAUUUCUGUUCACGCAUUUCUACAGUUUUAUCUUCAAUCGUACAUGUGUUGUUAUAUAAGCUCGUUUUAUUGUGUUUAGAUUCACACAGCUACUGUAUUUUAAAUUUUGCACCAUCUUACAUAUUGCUGAAACACGAUAAAUGGCUUGAUCUAUAGCUUAAAA